AUGUCUUCCGAAGUCUUCCGCCGAGUCGGCCGUGGUGGGGCCGGCAAUUUUUACAGCCAGCAAGACGUCCAAGAGGCCGACAGGGUCAGCAAAGAAGACAUCGAAGCACAAACAGCCGACCCCCUCACCCUAACUCGAACCACAACGGCCGGAACCACAUCCGGCCAGCCCGGGCCGGGGCCGAGCUACACGCGUGCCGGCCGCGGUGGAGCAGGAAACUUCACGUUCCCAUCGCCGACGACUGAUUCCAACGGCGGCGCGGCUUCAGAUGCCGCAGCAGCAGCAGCAAAGCAACCCGAAGAGGCCGCCGCCGCGGCCGAGGCGGACCGGCUCCAAGUCACGGACGCUGUAGCGGCAAGCCUGGCGACGAGGGCAAAGACGGGGGGGCUGAGUGGGAGAGGCGGAGCGGGGAAUUGGGCUACUGGUACUGAUAGCAUCGAAAUCCGGGAAAGAGAAAAGGCAGAGCGGGUGAAGGCAGCGGAGUUGAGUAGGAAAGCGUUGGAGGAUGUUGAGUUGGGGUUGGCUGUUCCUCAGAGGGUUUAUACUAGGCGGAACUAA